UGAUAAUAUGUGUUUAUUUAUAGUAUAAGGUAUAACAUUUUAUAGUCAAUUCAACAGGGAAAACGCACUUUUAUACGAGAAGAAAAACAGCAAAGAACGUCGCACUCAACUCAGUUCUUUAGUGUUUCGCAUAAUUCUGUCUUUAACAACCACCUAAAUCAAGCAAGUCCACAAAGCAGCUACCAUAAUGCAAAUAUGCAUUCUAAAUUAAAAAGAAGCAAAGGGCACAAUAAAAUGAAACUACGUCAGGUGAGAAAAGGUGAAUCAAAACAGGAACCUUUCUUUUCCAACUGAAGCACCAAAACACACGCACGCACGGCUGAAAGAUAACUGAGGCCAUGGUAACUGGAAUUAGAUUUAAAACACCAGCCUAGGAUGAAGCAGCAUUUAGGUGGACAUCUGCAGGUUGGUGGUUGCAUCCAGUCAUUGAUUCCUUGGGUAUUUUUCAGAACAGAACAUAAGACUGCAUGCAACAGAUGUGUUACAUUAUUCAGCUCGUAGUGGCUACCCUCCUUGGAAACGCGCAAGUAACAACAGAGUGGCUCUGCGCCCUGGACAAGCCCUGAACCCCUUUGGAAAUGCUGGCAAUUUAACAGGAACAAGACAUACAGUGUUUGAAGGACUGGAUGUGGGCAGGGCAUACAUAAGGCUGGAUAACAAACUGAUGGGGCGACAGAGUGCAGACUGAAAAGCUUGGCUAUGCAUCUACAGUUGUAUAGGAGACUGUUCGACUGGGACAAGGACACUGUAGCUUGGAUCAGAGAGUCUUCCUAAGUACUUGCAUAGAGUAGUUAAAUGAGGCAGAGACUUGAAACAGAGGCAAUAUCUACAUUAGAUACUUCAGAAACAGAGCCAAAGUUAAGUAUAAACUUUUUGGUUUGGAUUGAACCUGUACUCCUUUAAUCCGGAAGCAAGCAAACCCGCUAUAAAUUAUCAAUAUCAUGUGUGAGCAGACUCCUGGAGUAUUGGACCAUGGCGGAUUCGGAAGCACAGUUAUCUGCAAAAUCCACAGCGGAGGUCAAAGACUUUAUUAAACGCGUUUGGAUUUAGACAGAGCCGACGUAUUGACAACGUAAGGGUGUUGUUUGUGAAGUUACACUGAGUAAUAAGCAGUUCUUGAAAUGUUAUGUCUCUUUUAUCUAACUGAAUAGUAAACUGCACCGCUUACAUUUAUCUGAAAUGCAAAAUAUCUAAUUAACAAAAAGCUCGUUGUGCGUUGCAAGUUCCUUACCACAGACAGCACUGAAACUUCCAUGAAAGCAGAAUGUGUAGAUGCUUUUAAAUAAGAGCUGCCCCUUCAGUUGCGGUGUUUGUAAUUUGAGAGGAAAGUGUAUUUCCAAAGGACUUUGAUCACUACUUGCAAGUGUACUGCAAAUUUAUACCACUUCAUCUUAUCACAAGUUAUCACAAUGCAUUUCUUGGGUCUGUUCCUUGCAGAGGAUAAUGUGGCAGGAAUUAAAACCAACCCGAAAAUUUGGAGACAGCAGAUCAAAGCUGCCGUGUAACACUUGCUUACUGUUUUUGUGAUUUCUCUGAUUUGUUCCAGUUUUGACUUGAUGUUGCUUCUGGAAUUUUUUUCUCUCUUUACAUCAUGCCCAUCAUCUCUGGCGGCAGUGACCAAGAUUAUAGCAACCUCAGCUAUGCCUCCUGUACAUCGCUGAACCACAUAUUUACUAUAACUUCCGAUUCAGAGGCAGCAACUGUCAAAGGGGUUUACUAUAGUAGGGUCAGGAGGGUGCAACACCAGGAUCAACAUCUGUACUCAGUAGAUCCCAAAAAGCAAAUCAUCAUCAACGUGGGAGGCACUAAGUACCUGAUGCCUUGGAGUACUUUGGAUGAGUUCCCUCUUAGCCGUCUGGGGAGGCUGAAGUUCUGCAGUAGUUAUGAUGAAAUAUUUCAGGUAUGUGACGAUUAUGAUGAGACCUCAAAUGAGUUCUUUUUUGACCGAAACCCCGGUGCUUUUCGGAUGAUCCUCACAUUUCUGGGGGCGGGAAAACUAAGGCUUUUGCGGGAAAUGUGCGUACUAUCUUUCCAGGAGGAACUACUGUAUUGGGGUAUUCAGGAGAGCAACUUGGAGAGAUGCUGCUUGAGGAAACUGUAUGUGAAGCUCGAAGAAAUGAAUGCAAUUCGGAGGGAAGAGGAAAUACAGCGAAACAAAAGUAAGGCACACCUGCUGGAGGACGAAUCCAGGUGUGGACUCUACAUGAAUAAGCUUCGGGACAUGGUAGAUAAUCCUCACUCGGGGCUCCCCGGGAAGGUGUUUGCGUGCCUUUCCAUUGCCUUUGUGGCGAUUACAGUUGUAAGCCUCUGUAUUAGCACAAUGCCUGAUUUACGAGCUGAGGAAGACAGGGGAGAAUGUUCUCAGAAGUGCUACAACAUUUUCGUCAUAGAGAGCACAUGUGUGGCUUGGUUCUCUUUUGAGUUUAUCCUUCGAUUCAUUCAAGCAAGGAGUAAAUGCAGUUUCUUUAAAGCACCGCUCAACAUUAUUGAUGUAUUGGCCAUUUCACCGUAUUAUGUGUCACUCCUUGUACAGGAUGGACUUCAGCAAGAUGAUAAACCAUCAGGUAACACUUAUUUGGAAAAAGUUGGGUUAGUUCUUCGCAUUCUUCGUGCCUUGCGGAUUUUGUAUGUCAUGCGUCUUGCUAGGCACUCCUUAGGCUUGCAAACUUUGGGCUUGACAGUGAGAAGAUGUAUCAGAGAAUUUGGACUACUUUUACUUUUCUUAUGUGUGGCUGUUACACUUUUUGCCCCUUUAGUCUACCUUGCUGAAAAUGAGAUGGGACGAUAUCAUGAAUUUACUAGCAUUCCUGCUUCAUACUGGUGGGCCAUUAUCUCUAUGACAACAGUUGGUUAUGGUGACAUGGUACCAAGAAGCAUUCCGGGGCAGGUUGUAGCCCUCAGUAGUAUUCUAAGUGGAAUUUUAAUUAUGGCUUUUCCUGCUACAUCCAUCUUUCAUACAUUUUCUCGAUCUUACCUUGAACUGAAAAGAGAGCAAGAAAAACUUCAGAGACAUCUACGGAUUUUAAAAAGUGAGAUGCAAAAUUCAGAAAGUGAUACAUUUGAUGAUGCAGACAGUUUGCUUUUUGAUUCACAUGAUUCACUCGAGGGCUACAGAGAAAUAGAAAAUAAGACACUUGGUUUGUAUGGAAAUAUUUACUAGCUAUACUCAGCUAGGGAGUAGUGAAAUCAUAAUUUUCAGCAUUUUCUAAUACUGCUAAAAAUAAACUGAAUUUUAUGUACUGGAACAUUUUGACCAAAGAGAAUUCAUGCUGCAUCAUCUGAGAUAUUUUCAUGACAAUGCUUUUCAUUUAAAAAAAAAAGAUUGCAAAGCAUCCUCAUUAUGGAAUAGUUGUGCUCGGUAGACAAAGCAGGCAAAUAAAUGAAUUUGUUUAAGCAUCUUAUAUCAUUCUUUUUUCUGUAUAAUUAGGUGUGCUUUUAUAUAGAAGGAAAAUGUGAAGUAUUUGUUUUCUAAGCUGGUGCAUUUGUCUCUAUAAUACGCAUUGGUCCACAGGACAGAAUUAUAUUUUCACUUCUUUAGUGCAUCCUAAUCAGUUUUUUGUACUGUAAAACUGCACAUGAAAAAUAUAACAGUGGUUAAUGAAACAGGUGAAACAAAUGAAUAUGAAAACAAUUGCUGUAAACACGUCAACUUCAUUUGUGCAAUGAGUUUUGUUAGUCGGUAAAAACAGUCCUGUCAUUCAGUGCUGGAAGAAGGAGUGUAAAUGAGAUAACAGAAAAAGUAUGGAGUGUAACUUUCAAAGUUGUAAUAAUAAAUGCAUCUGGUUAUUA